AUGUCGCUAAUAUCCUGGAUUUCAUCCUUUCCAGGCAAGGCUAACCCCGGCAAGAGCACUAGCAUGAAAGGUCAAGGGAUUCCCGCGGGUCAAGGGCAGACGCCUGUCGAGCAUAUCGAUUUUUCGACUCUGGCCCACAGAGUGGAAGAGCUCCGGUAUGAACUUGACAGAGCUCGCGACAUAUGUGAGCAAGCAAACCUCGAACUCGACAAAUAUCGCACAGAAAUCCACAGACUCAAAUGCACCCUGGACGCAGAGCGCGACGCCUGUUCCGAAGCCUAUAAACUACUCAUGAGAGAAAAAGACCGUAACAAAGAACUCCAAAACCGGAAUAGGAAUCUUCAAAACAGCCUGAAAGGGGAGACUACUGCAUCAAAUUCACAGCUCCAAGCCCGGCUCAACACCGAGACUGCAUCACUAAAGGCUAUGACCAAGCAUGCUCGAAUCCUGGAGGAGAAAUUGGUCGAUACGCAGCUGGACUUGGAGUAUCUCAAGUGUACUACGAGUGUCGACCAUCCCUCGACUCCGACAGUAGCUCUCAACAAUCAUGCUCCUCUACCUGCUCAGCCGUUUGUCGUCGUACUGGUCGAUGGUGAUGCAUACAAUUGGGCUUCUGACAUCUCCCACAACGACUGUCCUUCGGGAACAGUGUCCGCGUCCAACAAUUUCGACGGCUCCGGCCCAGGUGCCAUGGCCGCAACGCGGGUUCGCAACGAAGUGACCAAAUUUAUUCUGAACCAGAACGGGACGAUCCCCGUAACGGCGAAGAUCAUUACCCGCGUGUUCUGCAACUUCUCAAGUCGCCCAGGACUAAUGACAAGCUUCCGAAAUAGCGGCCCGGCAGGUCUUGGUCUGGCAGAAUUUGCGGUGCAAUUCACCGAGAAGCUGCCUUUGUUUGACUUCUUUGACGCAGGCAGGGGAAAGGAGAGGGCCGACGACAAAAUCAGAGAGAACUUUCAUCUCUUCUUGUCCACGCCCAACUGCCAUGCGAUCUUCGUCGCAGCCUGUCUCGACAAUGGAUUCGCCCGCAUGCUCGAACAAUACAGUGACCAUCCGUUGGCACGGCAGAAGAUAGUCCUGGUGUCACCGGGCUACGUCGCUCUCGAGAUCCAGCGGCUCUGUCUUAAGGAGAUCGAGUGGCCCAGUGUCUUCGCCAAACGAAUGCCGCCUCCGGACGUGGCGGUCAAGCAUGAGAGAGAAAAGGCGAAGGCGCAGAAGCAGAGGGCUAGUACGCAAAGGAGUGUGUCCACACCAGUGGUGAGCAGUGGAACUUCUACAUCGAAUGUGCAUCCGAAGCUGUUGGAUAUGGUGCCCACGUGGAAUGUGAAUGCAGCCAUGCUGAGGGCCUCUGGCGGUGUUGGCUUCCGAGUUGCCCUGGACCGUGCUGCACUGGAGACUCUGGAAGAGGUGGAAACAAUCGAGGGUCCUGAGGACAUUGAUUGA